AUGAAGCAGCAGUGGUGGCAGAGGGGCGCGCGCGCACGUUGCGCCACCUCCAACGUUUUACGCAACACGGCCGUUCACCCCGGAAGGUGUUUUCUUCGCUGUUUCUUUAGCCAGUAUGUUACUGUGGCGGGAUCGCGUGAUUUGUUCGCGUGUUGCGCAAGCUCCAGCGCCCUCUGGCGGCCGGAUCCGGACCACUCACAUUCGAAUCGCGCGGACCUAAUUACCUUAUCGCAUGUGACGGUUAACCAGAUGCGC